UGAAAAUUAAAUAGAAAAACCCUGUGAUGUUGAGAAAAGUUAUGAAAAUUAUGUAACUGAAAUAAAUAACUGAAAAAACGUCUUUGUUAUUUAACUGUUGGUACUUUAAUUUUUUUCCCCAGUAUCUCUUAAUAUGAGCACAACACACCUUAAUGAUGCACCCCAUCCUGACGUGUCAGUGGGGAGUUUGCAGACAUUGGUCUCCAGACCCCUACACCCCCAACCAGACCCCAUUACCACUAAGAGGGUAUGUUUCUACAAGAGCGGGGACCCUCAGUUCACAGGGCACCGAAUGGUCAUCAACAGCCGCACUUUUAAAACCUUUGAUGCCCUUCUAGAUGCCCUCUCCAAGAAAGUGCCUCUUCCAUUUGGGGUAAGGACCAUCACAACACCCAGGGGAACACAUGUUGUCCACACCCUUGAUGAUGUGCAGGAUGGGGGCUCUUAUCUGUGCUCAGAUCAGAAGAAAGUCAAGCCUUUUAACUUGCAUAAGGUUCAUAAGAGACAGGUCCCUUGGAACACAACUAGACCUGCCAGUGCAGAACGACAAGCACGCAGAGAACUGGUCCGGCAGCUAUCAAAGAGAAAUGAAGUGACCACACGGGCAGGAAAAAUGGCCGAAAACACACGUUUGUGCAUGGUACGAACACCAAAAAGAGUGACAGUGUACAAAAACAGGGAUCCGAGUAUGAAGCGAGUAAUUGUUCUCCAUAGGAGAACAGCCCCAAAUUUUGAAGCUCUUUUGGAUUAUCUUUCUCAGGUGAUGCAGUUCCCAGUUGUGAAGCUUUACACAGAAGAUGGCAGAAGAGUUGAAGGGCUUCCUGCCCUCAUCUUGUGCUCUGGGAUUGUUGUGGCGGCUGGUAACGAACCCUUCAGAAAAGGAAACUACAAUCUCCAAGCUCCCACUAAAGUCCAUUCAAGGAUUUCUGAAUCUUUGUAUCCGACACAAACUGAGACACUAUUACAAGAAAAAAAGUUUCCAGCUGGGACUAUUUCAAGAUCAAGGAAUUUCUCUUUAUCUUCUGAGAGGUUCAUUGUAGAGCAGAUCAAUAAGUCACUAAAUGGAAAUCUGACAGAGCACAAUAGAACAAUGAAUGAAUCAAUGGAAACUGAAGGCAGUCAGCCAAUGGGAUCAGACGAGAUGGAAACUUGUGACUAUAUGAAUGGUGUGGAGCAGAGGAAUUACUCCAUUAUGCCUACCGAAGAUGACAUUGAAAAAUCAUUCCAGGUCAAUGAAGAUGGCAGCAUGACAGUGGAGAUGAAGGUGCAUCUUACUAUAAAACAAGAGGAAAUGAUCCACUGGACAACUACACUGAACCGCAUUUCCGUUAAUAACCAGCAGAGUGCAGUGUGCAAUUACAAGCCACAGUCGGGUGCAAACUCAUUAGAUGUAACCAAUGACUCAGGUAAAGGGUCGAAUGGACUUCACAGCCUAGAUUCUAAAGAAAUCAAUACACUUGUUAACAAAUCUGUAGGAUUCAUCAAAGAAGAAAGGGAAUAUUAUGGCAGUGAUGCAUCAUCUGAAAAGCCCAAGUCCAAAUAUAGAAGGCCACCCACUCCAGGUUCCAGACAACGAAGAAAAGAGGCCUCAGUCGAAACCAUCAAAACUGUUUCAGGGACUGAAGUUCAGGAGAGUACAGUAGGUGCGUACUCAUACAUGGAGCGAACUGCACAGGGAGAGCUGACGGAGGGUUACUGUGUGGUCAGUUGCAGCAGUAGCAGCAGCACAAGAACUGUGUCAAAACCUUGUAGGAGUGAAUCAGGAGAGGUUAGGCAGAAAAAGUCUGACUCCUCCUUUAGAUCCUCAGGUGUUGCACAGAUUCCCCAGCUACAAAACAAUGGGACGAUGGAAAUAACAGAGACUGUGAUGCACAAAUAUGAAUCACAGGGUAUGUGUGACAAAUACAAUGCAAAUACACAGGUGUAUGUGGACAACAAGCCUGGAUAUCACACAAAAGGCUCAAUAGACUCAGAACCCCGUUCGUCAAGUAAUGAUUGUGAUGUAGAUUUUAGUAGGCAGUCCACAAGUUCCAACUCCCAGGAUGGUGGAAAAACUAAUAUGCUGUCAUUGUCAUCUGCCUGUUCAACACCUCCAAAAAAAAUAAACAACAAUCCAUCCAUCCUCACUGAUGAUGAAAAACAAACUUUGGUUGAGUACACGUCAGAAAUGAUUGAAAAGGAAAUUAUGCAUCCAGCAGCAUCGAUGGAACAAGUCUCUGAUGAUAAAAGCAUUGUUAGUAAUGAAAUCAAUACACCAAAGUCCAAAAAAUCAAAGAAAAGUACUUCUUCUGAAUCAUCUGGAUUUGGGAAAAAAAUAAGGGGCAGUGCUCCAGGGUCUUCAAAAGUCCUCCAAAUGACUUCAGACACACCAAGCAACACAGGAUCAGAGAAAAGGACUAGCUCAGCAGAAAGUGACAGACCUGAACACAUAGUUGUAAGAGACAAAAAUAAGAAGACAAAAACAUUUGAAAGUUCUCCAAAAAUUAGAAACUUGAAUCUCAAUACUGGGAAUCAAAGUCGGUCAGAUAAAGAUCUCAGGUUAAAAGAUAAAACCAUCAACAACAUUUCCUACAAAGUAAACACAAAGGACCAUGACUCUCAGCAGCCUAAAUUAAAGAAGAAGACUUUAGACAUUCAAUUGCCAGCCCAUCCAGCGUCCCCAAUAAAGAGGCUACCGAAACAAAAGUCAAUGAAUGGUGUCAGAUCAAAAUCCUCUAAAGAAAAACAGGAGUUGAGUGAAAAUGUGUCAUUGCCUGUGCUACAAUUGUCUUUGACCGGUGUAAAUCAAUAUGUUGAAAGCUGGCUAAAUAAAAUUGAACCAGAAUCUGUGCCCUAUGAUGAUGAAACAAACCAUCCAGAGAUUGUACCAAGAGCAGUAUUCCAGAUAGGUAGUGACUCCACUGAUGGCUCUAAUAUUAAAAGUGACCCUGAAAAAGAUAGCGUAGAUGUUGAAGGCCCUUCUUUAGAAGAUAAUUCUGACGAGAGGCCACCUGUACAAAUAAGUUGUGAGGGAGAUCCAACUGAGCUACAGAGGCCGAUAGGAUUUUAUAAAUCGAUGCCAAUUUUGAGGGUACAUUCUGAACAGGAGAGUCUUGUAAGAAUGCACAAGUCAUCUGAGAACUUGGUUCCACCUGACCCUUCUGAGACAUCACAAAGAACAGAGGUCAGAGUUAGGUCAGGCAUGAAGCCAGUUUUGCAACAGUUGUGUUUGUCUGUUCAGUCCAUCAAGCAGGCAUUGAGUCAGGCCCGCUUAACACCUUUGGAAAGGGAAAAGUCUAGUAGUCUCCCGGAUUUUUCCUCUCAGGUGGCCUCUGCCUUUGGUUCUCCCUCUAGAGCUCUUCUGUCUUUCUUGUCACUGAUGACUCUGAGAGAUGGACUUUCAGUCCUCUACAAAGAUGAAUCACAAGCCAGCAACUCUAAUGUCUGUCCAGAAGCCCUGCAGGUAAUGCAGUCCUUGGAAAAAAUAUCCAAUAUUAAAGAUGAAGAUGAGCUAAAGGCCAGCUUGACCAGUCUUCAAAGUUCAACUUCAUCCAAAUUAAAACAAAGCUGGAGAGAUUUCCAAGAGCAAAAUGUCCUUGAAGAUAGUCCGCCGCUGUCCUCAAGAUUCUCAGAGCAGGAGUUUGCUGUAGAAGUGGACUUAGAAGAAGAAACGGAAAAUCAGGACAAACAGCAAAGUUUGUGUAUAGAACAGUUACUGGAUGAACUGAACAUGCCUAAAGAGCUUCACAGAGAGAUUUCCUCUCUCGUUGAAGGAGAACUAAAGUAUUUUAAUCAAGCAGACUUAAUCAAACAUGAUGAUGCCAUCAGUGAAAUCUUGGGUAAAGAAAUGGAAGAUGAAGAUGGCUCCUUAAGUGGUAGUUUAAAAAAAGCUGCUGACAUGGAAGAGGAAAAUGAGAAUAUUGAGAAUGAUGACAUAACCAAUGAUCCAAUGGAACCAGAAUCUCAGGAACUGUGUUUAAUUCAAGCUCAUUCCCCUCACUCAGAAACUAUAGAAGAGGACCGGGGUAAUGAAGAUUCUGGUAUAGCAGUGCCCAUUCAGUCACCUGAGUUUAAUGGUAGAAAUUCAAGUAAAGCAGAUAUUUUAGAAACAUCUGAAAACAACCAGAUGAAUGCAGAGAACAUGCAAGAAUGGGUAAUGUAUGAAGACUCAGAAUCUGAAAACAACGUUGGUGAAGGAAAUCGUUCUCCAAUAUCUGAACAAAAGAGGACAGAUGUAGCUGUAGAAGAAGUUUCUGAGCUCUCUGAUCACCAAGACAAUAUGUCUGAAAGUGAGGACAAUGUAACGCCAGAGAUUAUAGAACAACGAAACACUGAUGUUGAGGAGGAGGACACCAUUCAGAACAUCAGGGUAACUAGAGAACAAUCAGAUGCUUCAGAAACCGACGACAUAAAUGCCGAACGCUCAUGUUCAGCAUUAGAAACUGAGAGCAUGCCGUUUUCAGACAGAGAGGCAACUGAGCUAAAUGAGGAAAAUCAGUACAGUACAAUUGAGGACUGCAUCAGAGAGGAAGCUGAUCUUGAUUUUGAGGAAAUGAUUAGUGAUGGAGGACUUGAACAAGAAAACAAGUCCAUCUUAUCAGAACGUAUGUCCAUUCACUCAGAGCCCUCAGAGACAUCAUCGCCUCAUUAUGAUACAGAGGAUGAAUGUAGAGAGCAAACAUUAGAAUCAUCCAGCCAAGAAGAUGCUCAGGUGAUGUCUCCAGAUGUCAAAGAUGCAGAUCAACAAGAAGAUGUGCCAGAGGUCUCAGAAGGUGAGGAUCCUGAUCCAAACUCCAACAGCAGCCCUCAAUAUGUUAGUAAUGAUGAAAAUGGUAUGACUCCUGAUGCUGAAUACAAGAAAACGCACCAAAUUGAAAAUGGGCUUGUGAAAGAACUUGACAUUAAUGAGGUGGACCAUGAGAGCUAUGAAGUUUAUAGAGCAGAUCAAGAUGCUGAACCAGACUUCUGUAAAAUCUCUGAUCCUGAGGCUGUGGAUGAGCAUGGGACAGAAACGAAGCCAAACACAAGUGAUUCCGAACACUGCAAAGUUCAGACAUUAGAGGAAGAUAGUCUCACUAAAAAGAACAGUUCUGCUGAAGAAUUUGAUGUAGAAGAGGAAGACUAUGUAGGUUUGUUUGAUUCUCAAAAUAGCGUGGAUGGUGUUAGACACUCGUGUACUGAUACUAAAGAUUCUGUGGAAGGGGAGUCAUGCAGCAGUAUGCAGAGUACAAGUGAGCACCAGUUUGAGAAACCUUUGGGUAUGAAACAUGGCUAUCAUUAUUUACUACAUCCAACUGAGAUCUCACAAGAGCUGUUAGACUUAAUUAAUUCGGCUUUGUUGUCCUCUACCUUGACUGUCACAUGUGAUUCAAAUGGCAACCUCAGAUUAGAGCCAGACAAAUGUAAAAUGAGGGAGAUGUUUAUGGCUUGCCAAAGGACAGAUGAUCAGUACGGUCAAAAAUGUCUCCCGAGCCCGAAUACAUCAGAUCUGUCUGAUUACAGGCCUGAGACAUCCGACAAUGGUGGGUACCAGUCGCAGGAGCUUUUUACGGAGAGCGAAGAAGAGGAGGCGGAGAGGUUACGUAUUUUUCGAGAAAUCAUAAAACAAAGUUCAGAGAAGCCAAAAAGAAUAAACCAUGUAAAAGAGAACGGCUUGAUGAAAUCGUCUACAUGGAUGACAACAAAACCUACUCCCAGUCCAAGUUUAAAAAGCAGCAGUCUUGCUUCUUUUCAGGAGACUACAAGUGCAAUCCAAGAGACACUGUCCCACAGUAGAUCACCAAGCGAUAAAAGUUCACUUGACGGAGACUCUGAGUCGGUACAGAGCAUGGCUUUAAAAGUGGUCUUUGGAGAGGGAGUGCUGAUUGAUAAAGGCAGGUGGCUUCUCAAGGAAAACCACCUUAUCCGUAACUCUCCUCCUGCAGCUAUGGGAAUGUAUGGAAAUGCAGAUACCACAUCAGCUGACACGGCUCAGGACAACAGGAGUGAGUAUUCAGCCGACCCAUAUUGUGAGAACCAAGCCUUGCCUCUGGCUGUAAUAUCCUCUUCUGAACUGGAGGACAUGGCUAAACCCCCUACACCAAAAUGUAUGUACUUCAAUAUGUCACAUAGCAGUGACUCUGAUCCUCUCUUGGAUGCUCAAAGUGUCAGUAAUGUCAGCAAUGGAGGGAACGCUAGGAGAAACAAGGAACUUAAGGUAUCUCCAAUGGGUGAGUCUUCUAAAAUGUGGGCAAAGAAAAAUGGAAGUAUGUCUUCAUUCGCAUCUGUUGAAUUCAAACUGCCUGAUGGGAAAGUUCAUCCUCAGGAGGGGUUGCGAUCUAACAGAUCUCAGAGUCAAGACAGUUGGAGAGUACAAGAGGAGGAGUCGAGGGAGGGUCUAAAUCUCAGGUGUGGGCAACACUGCCCAAUACUAUAGUUCAAAAGGGAAAAUGAACCAGCUACAAGCGCUUCUAUUUAAGUUAUUGUAAGAUUUAAUUUAUUUGCAGUAGCUUAUUUGCUUAAACUGUUUGAACCACACACUGUAAAUGCAUACAGUCUUUAACUGCAGUGAAAACACUCUAAUUUCCUCACUUUGGUGCCUGCUGGUCUUUAAGCUUUCGGUUAUAAACAGUUUAGGGUUAUUUUCAACAUUUCAUUUCACAAAGGCUAUAUUGCACAAAUCAUCUGAUUUACUUGAACUUAUUGAACUUCCUAAGUGGUAUUUCUCAUAGAGAAAAAAAAUGAACUUAAUUGUUUCACUUGUUUCCUAAUGUAAUCUCUUAUUUGAAUGUUGAAUAAUUUACCCUCAGCCCUAAAAUAUGCUUGUCCCCGCCCAACACCACCAGAGAUGUAUAGAGUCUCUGAAAUACUAAGAUAAAUAAAGAGUUAUCAUUCAUAACAUUUCAUGAAAACAGCACUGCGAAGAAGUGGUCUGCUGAGUGAUUUCUAAAGAUGUGUUGCCUCACACUUUGAACCACAUUUCAAAAUGGCUUUGUAUGGAAGCCCUCAAAUAAGUAAUGUAUACUGUUAAAUAAACCAAAGUCAUUUGGUUAGAAUAAGAGAGGAGUGACCAAUGCUCUGUUGUCUGAUAUUUCUGUGCCAACAAAUGUCAUUGUUAGUCCAGAAAAUUCAUAUUUUUCUUAGGUCAUAUGAAACACUGA